UGGCCCAAGAGGCGCUCAGCGCCACAGCCAGCUGGCUCUGCAGGGCCGGAGAUGGCGGCGCUCCGCUCCCUGGUGGCGAGCGGGGGGCGCUGGGCGCGCUUGGCAGCGCCGCUCGCCAGCGCAGGCCGUAGGGGUGGCUUGGGCUUCGGCGCCCGGUGUCGGCUCCUCGCCGCCGCCGCGGCGGAGGCCCCACACGCUGCUGGCGGUGCUGGCACUUCCGCAGCUUCUGACAGCGGGGCGCCUCCCGCCGUCGACGGCGCGGUCGCACGCGGGGCGGGAAGCAGCGCCACCGGCGAGAGGAAGCUCUACCGCGAGCGCCUGCUGAACGGCGAGGAGGAGGUCCUCACAGAGGAGGAGAAGGCCGAAAAGGACGACAUCAUAAAGGAGCUCAAGAGGCGGCUGAGUGGGCCGCUCGCGGACGAGGAUGGCAACGUGCCCACCGGGGACGACAGGCCCAUCGCGAUCGAGGUUGACGGACCGUCCCAUUUCUACGCGAAUUCCAAGAAGUACACCGCAUACACGAAGUUGAAGCACCGUCUGCUUACUCGCAUGGGUUAUAAGGUGCUGCACGUGCCGUACUUCGAGUGGCGCAGGCUCCGCGGCGUGAAGGAGCGCGAGGAGUACAUGCGCGACAAGCUCCUGGAGGAACCUUCGGAAUGGUUGGACCCCGAGGACGAGAAGUACUACAACCAGCCACCCGAAGAGGGGGAGGAGGAGUUCUCCGUGAAGCCGGAGGGGCCAGCGCCGCCACAGACGCCGCCGCCGCCGCCACGGGGCGGCCUGGCAGCGCCCGCGGCCUCGGCGGCGAGCUCGGCCAACCCGGCGGCAGCCCCGCCAGGGCCGCCAGUGCCUGGCGGAGCGGGCGACACCACUGCCGCUGCCGAGGGCGCUCGGUCGACACUCGCUCGGCCGCCGCCCCCGCCGCCUCGGCAGCCAGGGACCCAGGCGGCGACGGCCGGAACCGCCCCCACAGCGCCGCCGGCAAGCGCGGCCGGACUCCCGCCGCGCCCGCCGCCGCCGCCCCGACCGCCGCCCAGGCCUCCCAAGCUGGAUCUGAGCGCGCGGGCAGAUGGCUCCCGAUGACGCAGCUUUACGCUCUCCUCUCACAAUCUCUCUUUUGGAUUGGUUUCUGCUCGUUGUCCUCCUUUCUUUCAUUCUUUUUAUCCACAACGGUGAUUGCAAUGAUCUUCGCAUGUGUUGUCCCAUCCCCCUCUACUGGAUUACUUCGGGGAGGUGCUCAACUAUGAACUUGCGUGCGG